UCACUGCCUCUCCCUCCCUCACUCAGCCAAACCUGACAUCAGCCUAUUACAAGCGUCAGUAGAGAUCUUCCAGAUGGCCAUGGCCAAGCCCCCACUUCAGACGGCCGCGAUCAUCCUUUUCGUGCUCCUCGCGACCGUGUCGUGCCUCCACACCGUCGACACCGCCGCUUUAGGGUUUUGCUGGGGCAAGUGCAGCGCUCGGUGCGCGCGGGCAAGCGCGCGGCGGGCGUGGGCCGCGUGCAUGAGCUCAUGCGGCCUCUGCUGCGAGGAGUGCAACUGCGUGCCGCGCGACAUCCAUGACUGCCCCUGCUACAGCAACAUGUUCACCACCGGCCCCAAGAAGAUGCCCAAGUGCCCCUGAGACUGAGACUGUGAGGCCGGCUCACACUGCGACUGCUGCCUACAACUACGAUCUGAUCCAUGCUGGACCAGACAACCAGUUAUGCAUGUUAUGGAUCCGGAUACUUAUUUGGUUUUGUUAGAUUUUUUGUUUUCUUUGUUCGCUUGUGAAUAAGUAGAAUGCUGAAUCUACUAUGAAUAUUUGUAUUUUGUUUUUAGCAUUAAGCUAGUUAAGAUUAAUAAAAAUUAAAUAUCAAAUUUGUUCUAUAU